AGAGGAGGGGCAUUAUCUACUUGCUAGUGGCAUGAGGCAGCAUCUCAGAUAUGGAUUACCUCAGAAUUAUCCUUCUUUACAAAUAGGUUGUGAAACCAUGGCUCAGUCUCUAGGCAGGUCCCAACCCUGCCUUCGCCCAAGGAACACUGCCACUGAUGACAGCCUCACCUACACAAUGAACAAGAGAAAUGAAAGGUUGCUGGAGCUCCACAGGGAUGCGCUCAGACAGAAGAAUAAACAGAAGCAAAAAAUUAUGUUCUCGGAUCUCCCCGAGAGAUAGAAAUGGAGCCGCUGAAAGCCAGCCAUGCGACCUGCUGCAGGGUUUGCAACUGCAGCAACAGCUAUGACUCUUCAAACAGCCAACAGGUCUGUCUGCGUUAGUCGAAGCACCUUCCCUCUCUUCCGGGCCAGGAGAUCAUCUGCUACAGCAGCCCAGUAUCCCGCAUGCAUAUGCUCAGGUAUAAACCCAGGCUGACAACAACCAGGAAGACCCAAAAUAUCUAGAUAACGGGAACCUUUUCUAGAGAUACCAGGGAUGAGUUAGCUGGGCUGCCUUUGUCUAGCCUUGGUGUCGUGAAAGAAGCCAGCAAAGCAGCUGGUUUAGUUUUGCUAGCGUGCUUCCUUCCACUGUUCAUUGUAAGGACUGUGUAACGCACUCCAAACUCUUUUUAACAAACUGCUAGUGCGAGAAAAAAGAUUGUAAUUUAUUUAGCAAUAAAAGUCAAAGAGCUUUUCAUUAUUAGUUGGGAAAUGAAUGAAGAAAAGAAUCAUUUGUGCUUAAACAUGAAAGUUCAAAGAUGUUAGGUGUUGGUCAGAACAAGUUGUAAGAGACAAAUUUGUGUUCAAUUUAUUGAAAAUCUUAAGAAAAAUAAUAUAUUACCUAGUUCUGCCUGGAGCGCUAUCACUUGCAAAUGCUUGUAAUAAAAAUCAGUCAAUAAGCAAGUCACUAUUUUAUAUGCUAACUUCAAAUUUUAUAGGCUAACUUCAAUCUCACAAUCUCUCAGCUGAUUUAAGAAGGACCUUCACAUAGAACGUAUGUUUUUCUUCUUUUUUUUGCAUGUCUGUUAAGGUUGGUGUGAUUAAGGGUUAAUGAGAAUCCUAAAUGCAUGGUUCACGUGUAGCAAGAUAGAUCUCACUCCAUAAAAAUAGCUUUAAGACAUAGGAAAAAGUAGGCUUUUCUCAAUAUAAUUGCCUGUCUUGUGUAUUUGCAGCCCAAGAGUCCAAAUGAGAGAUUUUAAACAUGUUAAAACAAUCCAUUUCCAAUUUUCUUUUAUUAUUUACAAUAAUUGAACUGUCUCACUUUCUUGAUGUUCAUAUUGCCACAAUAUUCCUGAAGCUGUAGUUACUGUGCCAGUUACCUCUACAUUAUGGCUACAAAGGUUGUACAGAGCUGCAUACAAUAAAAACAAAAUAAAAGCUGUAAAAUACAAUUGUGCGGCUCUGAGCCUACCAAAACCCAACUGUGGCAUUGAAGGAGGGAGUAAACCAGGGUUGGGUGAUGCCAAAUUUCAUCUUUUUUAAUGUUUCACAGUUCACAUUUACAUUAAGCUUGUUCUUUGAGGGGCCUCGCACUUUGUUUUCUUUUCUGGUUAUUAUUUUUUAUGGGACAUGGAAUACCCAUGGCAAUGUGGUGCUUGUUUUCCAGUGUCCUCACCGUGUGUGGUACACUGCAGUAGCGUGUAGCUCGUUGUCCAGCCAUUACACCCGUUCACUUCUCAUCCACAGCACGAGUUAUCCUGAGCCUGAGGACCUCAUACACAUCACCAGGGUGAAGGAGCCUUCCACCGCACAUGCAAGAAGCCCCAGGCUGCGGAGCCCCAGGGCCAGCACUGCCACAGUGACCGGGCGCGCCUGCAAUCUCCCCGAGCCGAGGGGACGGCCGCCGGGCGCUGACCGCGGAGACACCGAGCCCGUGAGGGGGGGGGGGCGGCGAGAUGCCCCCGCCAAAAUGGCCGCCCCUCUUCCCUCCCGGCCCCUCCGCCCCGAGAACUACAGCUCCCACAAUCCCCCGCGGCUCCGGUGGACCCGCGCUGCCUGAAACGCCACCCGCCGCCUCGGGAGGAGUCCCCGAGCGCUCCCCGCGCUCCCGCUGGGGGAGGGGGAUGAAGGGGAGGAGCUGCGGGCGCAUGCGCUCUGCGUCCCCGCGCCACAGAGGGGACGGGGCCUCGGCGGCGCGGGGAGAGCACAGAGCCGUGCGUCCGCCGGCGGCGCCGAGGGGCUGCUGGGGGCGGAGCAAGGCAGCGCCAGCCCCGGCUCCUCUGUCAACACCGGCCAACAUGGCGGCGCGGAGGCCCCGCUCCGCCGCAGAACAUGACAGUGAUGACGAUUCCUAUGAAGUGUUGGAUUUAACAGAAUAUGCGCGGCGUCACCAUUGGUGGAAUCGUGUGUUUGGCCGGAAUUCAGGACCAAUCGUAGAAAAAUACUCCGUAGCUACCCAGAUUGUGAUGGGCGGCGUGACUGGCUGGUGUGCAGGAUUUUUGUUCCAGAAAGUCGGAAAGCUUGCAGCAACUGCAGUAGGUGGUGGCUUUCUUCUACUUCAAAUUGCUAGUCAUAGUGGAUACGUACAAGUUGACUGGAAGAGAGUUGAAAAAGAUGUAAACAAAGCAAAAAAGCAGUUAAAAAAGCGUGCAAAUAAGGCAGCACCUGAAAUCAAUACUCUAAUUGAAGAGUCAACAGAAUUUAUCAAACAGAACAUCGUGGUGUCCAGUGGGUUUGUUGGAGGCUUUUUGUUAGGGCUGGCAUCGUAAGGACCUGAAUUGUCUCUUCUGGUGGCAUUCAUGUCGAUGAAGAACUAUUGUGGUGAUACACCCUCUUAAAGCAGAGGGGGUCGCUGGGCCUUCUGGAGCAAGAUGAGUGGACUAGCUAGACAACGUGGAAGCUUUUACAUUUCAGGCUUUUGCCUCUUGAAGCUUGGCAAAACUAGGAUUUGCUGAAAAACUCUGCAGUAUGCUCAUUAAACCAUUUCUGGGCAAAACUGGUUCAUCUUCAUCAUGACUCUUUUUAUCUAUGACCUUUCAAGAUCUAGCAUUUUUUAAAAUGUUAUUCUUGGAAUGUAGAUAUGUAACCAUACUGUAAGAAAGCAAGCUCCAUUUCUAUGUUUUUGGUUAAUAGUUGUUUAUUUUUAAAGUAUUUUUCUUCAUGCUGUAGUAGAUAAUAUCAAUGACUACAUAAUAUAUGAUAUUGUAGUUUCAGCCUCAUGGCUGUCCGUGUUCUUUAGAAGUCACUGCAAUAAUCUAUCAAUCUGUAAUCCCUUUUUACAGAAUAUUAAAUAACAGAGGAUCAUGAGCUUAUUAAAGGUGAAAAUUAACUUUGA